AUAGUCACGUUAGGUUUUCCAUCUAUUAUUUGACAAACCACACUAACAUUUACUUACCUGGGCGUUAGUGUCCCAUGUCAACAAAAGCUUCAAAGGAGUCGUUUUCUUCGGUCACCCUUUUCAACCAUUUUUCAUGACGGUCUAUUCCAUCCUUCUUCUCAAAACAGAAUAUCUCUCUAAUCCAAUUCUUCAUCUUUGGUUCUCACCUCCAGCAGAAAAGGAUGUUUGGCUUUGUGACGUUUAUUGAUCCACAAACUGUUAAAACCAUUUUAGACAAAGGGAAUUCCCAUUAUGUUCGUGAGUCUCGGGUGCUUGUUAAACCUUACCGGGAGAAGUCAAAGGUUAUUGAAAGGAAGUAUGCUGAUAGAAUUCAGCACUCUGUGUUACUCACCUCACCACAUAGACAUAGAUUUUGAAAUGAACUCAAUUCCAAGAAGUUGUGGGGAUGUUAGAUCUCUUAGGAGACAACUGAUGGAAGAGCAGGAGCAAGCGCUAGAACUAAUAGAAAUGCAAAGGAGACGUUUGGCAGCGUUGCAGUUUGCCCAAAAUUCUCUGUCUAUUUCACUCCAUUUUUGCUUCUCCACAAAUGGAAUGAGAACUUCAGAAGAUCAUUUCAAUUUCAACUUUCAUCUUCAAGAAUCUUUCAAAAACACACACAGAAAGAAAUAUAGAGUUUAAAUAGCCCAAGGCUAAAGGCAUCAACUUUCUUUUAAUACACUAUACAGUACCAAGUAGCUUUGAAAUUUAGUCAAAGUCUCUGGCUUUUAAGGUGAAGAUAGUAGCAGGAGGAUUAUAAAUUAUUAGCAGGACUAUAUAUUAUAUUAUGCAUGGUUUUCAACCAUAAUAUGCAUGGUUUUCAACCAUAUUGUAUCCUUGUCUAGACUCUGGCCAACUAGACGCUGCCCAUAAUGCAGUUCAACAACUUUGGCAUUUAACGAGAAUAAGGGAUUAGGGUUUAUUCUCUUUAGGACUAAUUUGACAAAAAUUUCUAAAUAUAUCUUGUCAUCAGCUAUUCUGCAUCAACCUGUCAUGCUGAUAUGACACACUAAUAGCUACAUAAGAAGAUUUAACGUUGUUAUUGACGGAAUGAACUGAGGGGAGACGGAAGGACUAACGUGACCAUUUGUAAAUAUUUUGGGAACAAUUCUGAUUAAUUUUAUCUUUCGAGAACCAAUUUGAAGAUUGGAUAAUUUUUCAGGACCAAUUUAAAUAUUUAU